AUGUUAACAUUAGUGAGUGACAUUAGUGAGGGAAGGGAACUAAUCUCUGCUAGUCCAAGCUCUGCUACUCAAAGCUCUGCUACUCAAAGCUCUGCUACUCAAAGCUCUGCUAGUCCAAGCUCUGCUACUCAAAGCUCUGCUAGUCCAAGGUCUGCUAGUCCAAGCUCUGUUACUCCAAGCUCUGUUACUCUGCUCUAUCUAUAUACUUUAAGUUCUGUUCUAUUUACUCCAAGUUCUGUUCUAUUUAAUAUGCUUCGACUAGAGUCGCCUUUGGCUCCUCUAGUCUCUAUCUAUUUACUCCAAGUUCUGUUCUAUCUAUUAUGCUUCGACUAG